CCGUACUUUUGGGGGGAGUCUAGUCGAGUCGAGAAUUGGGUCGGAGCUGUAGCCAGAAUACAACCAAAGGAGCAUAAUAUGUAUAUAUUACGCAUGGACAUAUGCUCUGCAUGCAGCACAACAGCAACACAUUUCUCCUCCUCUUCAUCCUCUUCUUCCUCCUCGGGGUUCUCGUGUUGUGACCCUCGCUGUCGUCGUCCCAGACUCAUCCUCCCCUUUUGGUUUGUUUCCAGCAGUGCCUUUUUCCUUCACACAACUGUUCACUGCACGCCGCUACGCGCUUCGUCAAUAUGGCUGUCAAGGUUUAUAUUGUAUACUAUUCCAUGUAUGGGCACAUAGAAACUCUGGCCAAGGAAAUAAAGAAGGGUGCUGAGAGCGUAGAGGGUGUCGAAGCGAGUUUGUACCAGGUGCCUGAGACUUUGCCGGAGGAGGUUUUGGGGAAGAUGGGCGCGCCACAGAAGUCCGAGGUGCCUCACAUCAGCCCUGCAGAUUUACCCAAUGCCGAUGGGUUCCUCUUCGGGUUUCCCACCCGAUACGGCAUGAUGGCGGCCCAAUUCAAAGCAUUCUUGGAUGCCACCGGUGGGUUGUGGAGGACACAAUCGCUUGCUGGAAAGCCCGCGGGGAUCUUUAUCAGCACAGGUUCUCAAGGAGGUGGCCAGGAAACCACUGCAUUGACAGCCAUAACGCAGUUAACACAUCACGGGAUGAUCUUCGUACCGAUUGGUUAUACAUUCGGAGCUGGUAUGUUUGAGAUCAAUGAGGUAAAGGGCGGCUCGCCAUACGGAGCUGGUACACUUGCGGGCGAUGGAACUAGGCAACCCACAAAGCUGGAGCUGGAACAAGCUUUCUACCAGGGGAAGUACACCGCCGAGAUCACGAAGAAGUUGAAGCAGUGAAACCAUAGGUUGUGCUUGGCCUUGGAGGCGUGACUGGGAUAGAUCUGGGAUUGAGAUAUAUUGGAUUAGAGAUAAGAAUGCUUGGAGGUGGAUGGAGAUGCAUCACCGGCGGCGACAGUUGUGUCGGAUGUGUUGCCCUUGUUGGAUCCCAGUUGUAAAUACAAAAGUCUCUUGUGUUGUGUUACCUGAACGGAUCCUCGUAGAUAACCUAAAAUCAAAUCAAAGCAAAUAAUUUGAACCUUA